UAUCUAGUGUCUUUGAGUUGUUAGUAACUUGCCGAUUGUGUUUGACAGAAGUGACGCACGUUUGUUUUUCCUUAAAUUGACAGUUGCAGUGUAAGUUGCUCGUCGUAGUACGGUGCGUUCCUAGAGUAUUUCGUCAAUACGAAUAACCCGUUGCGUAUUACGUAAGUAGCGUAAACGAAGGAAGCAGAGCGUCAUGACAGAAGAUAUAGUAGAUUCUGUGAUUAGAUAUGGGCUUUAUUUCGGUGCAGUGUUUCAGUUAGUAUGCAUUGCUGCUGCUGUUAUUAUGCCUGACAGUACAGGGGAUACAAAUUCGGUAUUGAAGGAUUUAGAAAUGAGUGAUGACGAAGGCUCUGAGCACAGCACUCCACAGGCAACUCCACGGAGGCCACAUAUUCACCAUCGACCACGAAAGCAGGAGAAGAAGAAACGCCGAUGAGCAAAAUUUAUAGGAGUUCCCUUUUAACAAUUAAUGAACAGUAUUAAAUAAAACUGAAUCUCUUAUUAAUGAUCUAGUAAAGAGUUCAGGGAUAGGAGUGAAUUACUUUCUAAUUUUGUGCAAAGGGGAAUGAGAUCACCAGGAAACCAAAAAUCGGAGGUAUAUACCAUUUACUAUCAUUUCAUUUCAUUUCUUCCUUUCUGUACAGGUUGUAAGGCCACUUUUGCUUUGUUCAUCUGUCAUAAAAUAAGUAUGCAGCUUUUUAUUAAAUGUGUGUUCAGUAUGUAUCAUGUUAUUCUAAGUGAUAGUUGAAAUCAACAAAAAUGUAGAACUUCUCUUAUCCAUCUGUGUUUUUUCUUGUUAACUUAUAUAUCUGUUAAUUUAUAUAUCUGUGGCAAGACAGAAGCAUGAAUUUGUACUUUUUCUGACAAUGUACAUGACUUAAGAUCAUGAUAUUAUUUUAAAAUAAAAUCAGGAUGUUUUCUGAAUCACAAAAAAAUGCAGAGAAAAUAAAAAAACUCGGAACAUGAUUGGAUAUUCUAUUAAUUUAUUUGGGCAAAAAAGGAGAUUGAUAGCAUUAUUCCAUAUAAACUUAAAUUUCAGUACAUGGCCAUUACUCUUAAGUUGUAUUUAUUUUCUCUAGAAGCUUAUUGUCAUUCUUUGACAGAUAAUGUUAAUAUACAUAAAGAAGGUUAAGAACCUUAGUUACUAGAUUUGUGAGAGAUUUCAUGGUUUAUAACUUAAGGCUUUUUUCCCUAGUCUGCCCAUCAUGUGGUAUUGUAACUAUUUAAAACAAACUAUUUACACAUUUGUUGUAACCUGGCUCUUCAUGGCUGGGUGUUGUGUGAUGUCCUUAGGUUAGUUAGGUUUAAGUAGUUCUAAGUUCUAGGGGACUGAUGACCAUAGAUGUUAAGUCCCAUAGUCCUCAGAGCCAUUUGAACCAUUUUGCUGUAACCUGGUCUUGCUAGAGGAAACUCAGCUUAGCUUCUGAUAUGCCCUAGAUAAUAUGUUCAUUGUGAAAUUGUUUAAAAAUGUUUUGCCAUUUUUUUCACUGGCUCUAAUAACUCAUUUGUUACUUCAGCUCAGCAUUUCAUCUUCACUUAUUCACUCAGUAACAUUCAUCAAUUUUUCUUCCUCCGCUGUGAAAUUUAAUGCACUAUACUUUCCAAAAAUGGAGAAUUAGUGUACAUUUGACCAGCUAAUGGUUUAAGUUACAAUGAUCAACUCCAUUGACAUAAGAGGUUCCAAAAAUCAUUUAUGCGAAUCACUGACCUGCACAAUGGUGAUACAGAAAUACAUAGCAAUAUUGUUGAACUGAACCUAUGUCACGACCCCUCUCACUUUCCACAUCAUGCAACUAAUGGUUUAUACAUAUGUUAAAAACAUUUCAGUCAUAACUUCUGUUAGUUACUCACUUUUCAAUGUGCAGAAUGCUGUUGAAGGUACCUAGCUGUCUGGAAAGGAACUGGAUGGUUAUGUGGGUGCAAAUUUUUGAAAAAUAUUGUUGGGCAAGAGGGUGCUUAUCAAGAGACAGGAAGUAAGAUGUUCAAACGUGAAAAACAUUGUUUUUAUUGUUUAGUGUGGUUUUGCUAUGACCUGGAGUCUCUUGUAUUUUGUUUCAUGGAAUUCACAAAAUGAUUUUAGUUUCUUGAAACAUGGCUUAUAAGUAUGGAAAUGGUACAUCUUCCCAAUCACCAGCUAUGUCAGUGAAUAAGCAGUCUGCAGCUGUUUGGACAUCAUUGUGUGCAGUAAGAGUUUAACAUUCUAUACCUGUUAAUUUAUUUGCAAUCUUUUCUUGCUGUUAAUAAUAAACAUUAUUUGUACCUUCA